AUGGACCACAACGCUACUCUACCAACAACCGCACUACUCUCAUCUCAAGCAAACUCCAACAACAUCAAGCUCCUACAAAUAAACUUACAAAAAGCUAAAACUGCAAAUGACCAACUCACCCAACAUCUUCAAGAAAAUCCCGCCGACUUCAUUACCAUCCAAGAACCCUACUGCAUACAUGGACAAGUGGCUCGCAUACCAAGACAGUGGACAAUAAUACAACAGCAUAAUACUAACCAUACAACCCCCCCAAGAGCAGCAGCAAUAAUAUUUACAAGCAACAGAUGGAACCCAACAAUCAUCACCUGCCAACGAGACAUAAUCACCAUAUCCAUCAAAACCAAGAACAGCGAGCUCAUGAUCACAAGCAUUUACAUCGCACCAACAGAUGACCCUACUCCAGCACUCAACACUCUUUCCCAAGUUCUUCAUCAACAUCAAUGUCCCCACAUCAUCAGCGGAGAUUUCAACUCCCAAAAUACAGUCUGGGGCUACCAACGGACUAACCCCAGAGGUACCCAAAUACUUGACUUCAUCAACGCCAACAACUUAAUUCUGCAUAAUCAAGAGUCUGACCCCCCCUCAUUUGACAACAUUUAUACGCAAGGAUGGACAGACCUCCAACUAACAACCACACAUCUCGCCAAUCGGAUCCAAAAUAGAAAUAUACUGAAUGAACACACAGAGUCAGAUCAUAAAUAUAUCACACUAGAAAUCUCAGAAGAAAUUUUCCAAAGUACGUUCACCAGAUUCAAAAUUAACAACAAUAAAGCAAGGAAAUUUCAACGCCUAAUCAAACCUUUAAUAGAAGAUCUCAACAACUCCAUAGAAGCCUGCACAACCAAACAAGAAAUCAACCUCAUCACACAAGAGCUUAUCACAAAAAUUCAAACUACAUGUGAAAGUACUUUCAAGAAAAGAACCUCAACACCACUACAGAAUAUAAACUGGUGGACAAAGGACCUUCGAAUACAGAAACAUAAAACAAGAGCACUACGACCGAAGAAUCAAAAUUCCCCAAACAGAUGA